GCGAAAGCUAUGAAGAUUCAAAGUUCAUGAGCUUGCGUUACAAUUGCGGCGGUUACAAAGUGAAGUUGUGGGGUGACUUUAUAUGGAGUUGGGACCUUUGGGGUUGGGAAACUUGUCACUCUACUGUAACAGCUGCAAAUUGGUUGGGAACAACCAAGCUAGGUUGGCAAGGGUGGCCAACUUGGAUGGAUUGGUUGGGAAGGGACAAAUGUCAAAGUUGGGGUUGCACCAGUCACAUGACCCCACGGGCAGAUUUGCUUGAUGAGGUAAAACCCCCUGGGAAGAUCAAGUAUGUGGCAGCAGCGUCAGGUGCUUUGCUCCCCGUGAUUGGUGUUGGAAAUGCCAAGGUUAAGGGAGCUAAUGGGGAGCUUGUGGGGCUUGGGAAUGUUCUGCUGGUUGAAGGCUUCGCAGAGCAGAUGCUGGAGAUGCAGUUCAAGUGCUCCAAGAUGGGUGAGGUGAAGUACUACUUGGGGAUGCAUGUGGAGAGAGAUGUGGAAAAGGGUGUGCUGAGGUUGCACCAGAGGAAGUACUCUAUGAAGAUUCAAAGUUCAUGAGCUUGCGUUACAAUUGCGGCGGUUACAAAGUGAAGUUGUGGGGUGACUUUAUAUGGAGUUGGGACCUUUGGGGUUGGGAAAUUGUCACUCUACUGUAACAGCUGCAAAUUGGUUGGGAACAACCAAGCUAGGUUGGCAAGGGUGGCCAACUUGGAUGGAUUGGUUGGGAAGGGACAAAUGUCAAAGUUG